CGAAUUGCACUGCAUCUGAGAGGAAAGGAAGUGACUGUGCGCGCGAACUUCAUAAAUAUUACACAACGCGUCUCCGUGAGACCUUUAACUUUCUUUCAUCGGUACAUAUAAUUAAUUCUCCCUACAGGGUUUCCGGACACCUUUAUCAGUUCUUGGAAAAUUUUGUCUCAGGAGCAUGGCGGAUUACAUGUUAGAUCUUGUUGUUUCAUGUCACGGACAUUGCAGGAAAACAGCGAAUGUUUGCUAGUCGGAGGCAGCAGUCACAAUCGUUUUCAGUUUUCACAACAAGAUGAGCAAGCGUACAUUGCUGAUGUGAUUAUACACAUUGAUACUUUUUUUAUUCUAGAAAAGCAACAUCUCUCGAUUCUAUCCAAUAAAAUCAUCUCAUUUUCCACUCAUAUUUAGGGAAUCGCAUUGUGAUUAUCUCUGGACAUUAACAACCGACCACAGUUCAUAAAAGGCGAUCAAAUCAACAUCAUUUUGGAUCCGUCUUUCUGAUACGCAAUUUUAAAAAAGAAUCUCCUAGUCAUCAACUUCGGUAAAAGUUGAAACCAGUCGUACUUUACCUGUGUGGAGAUCACCCUGUCUCAGCAAUCUCCAUCCAUCAAGACCCCAAAGCAGGCCGGGAUGACUGGAGGAAGCUUCAUCGGUAGGAAGAUUCCUGAUGAAGACGUAGUCAACCAAAGAAGGAUCAGAACAGGUUAUCUGGAUCAGAUCGUGUGUCUGAAAACCAUCAAAACAAAAAGGCGAUGGGUGGUUUUUCAAGGUGAUACACAGAAUGGCUUGUUCCAGCUGAAGAUCUUCAAGAAGAUGGACGAGAAGAUCUUAAAGAGUGCUUACACGGUCAACAAGGACACCUUCAUGGGCACCGAACGGGGCAUGAUGCAGCGACCUGGGAAGCGCAAGUCGCCCAUCGAGUACUGGGCCAUCAUGCUGGCAGCCGACACCAUCCUCUUCCAGGAGUCCAAAUCCGUGUCACGUGAUCUGUUCGUCAAGAAGAUGGCGUCGGAGGAUCUGGCCACCUGGUACGCAUUCAUAAAGUCACACUUUUUCAGCGAAAGUUGGACAGUGUUUCCGCUGAAGGGCAUUGUAGCGCCAGAGUUUCGAAUGGCCCUGCACGUGACACACCACGCGAUGUGUCUGGCCACUCUCAGCCCGCCAAAAUGCUGCAACGCCUGGGAUCUGAAGAGAAUUGCACAGUUCAGCAUCCAGGAAGAAACACUCGGGUUUCACAUUGACAGCACGGGAAGCGACGCGGGAUACUGCGAGCUGAAGACGGAAUCCAAGAAGACAGCUGGAGAGAUCUUUCGAAUCCUGUCUCGCCACCACAGUAAGGGGUCCAUCAGAGGGGCACUCCCUAAGCUGCCACCCAUGGAACCAACCGUAGCACCCCCUCUGCUUUUCAUGAGGCCUGAUCUUAAACCUGGCGCCAUUCCCGGACCCGAGCGCUACACGGCCUCUCCGUCUCGCCUGAGAAGCAGGCCACCUCAGCCUCCCAUACCGCAUCCGGGUGCUUCACCAGAUCCCCUGACCAAUGGCCGCCACUGUGAUUCUAUCUUAGAUGAUAGCGACCUCGAUGAAUGUGAGGUUGAAGGGCUCCAUGAGGAAACGCACGUCGACAUGCUCUCACUGAUGAUGUCAUCAGAUGAUUCAGAUCGGGAUGAGAUCACCGCUGGGAAGUUUAUUGGAGUCUCAGAGACUCACUGGAAAGAAUCAGGAGAUUUCACCGAGGGAGGAUACAAAGUACUGUGUGCUAGCGAGGAAGAUGUACACAGGAGAGGCGUCGCUCUGAUCCUCAACAAACAAGCACAAAAAGCAUUCCUGGGAUAUAACACCAUAUCCCCUAGACUGAUCUCAGCCAGAUUCCAAACACAGGUUGGAGCCUUCACAAUAAUCCAGGCAGGAUUCAGACCAGGCAGGGCUACGACAGACCAAAUAUUCACGCUAAGACAAAUAGCUGACAAAUACCUGAAAAAGAACAGAAUCCUGUACUGCUGCUAUAUUGACUUUCAGAAGGCUUUUGAUUCGGUAUGGCAGAACGACCUGUGGAAGGCGAUGGGAUGUUUUGGAUAUCCAAGCAAGCUGAUACGACUGUUACAAGCACUGUAUGAACAACCCCAGAAUGACUUCGUCUUGAUAGCCGAGACUCCAAAGGAACUGCAGACACUGGCUGAUAAAGUCUACAAGGCAAGCUGUGACCUUGGUCUCAAGCCUCAGCUCGUUUGGCCUCUAAUACGAUUCAUGGUUGUCAUCGGAACAAAUGUGUCCCUCAUCAACAUCUUCUUCGUUGCUGUCUAUCAGCUCAUCACCAUUCGAAUCGACCCCUUCGGUGUACGCAACAUCAUCACCUCUCCAAGAUGCUUUGUCCUUCAGCUUGAUUGGCUUCUAACCCUAGUACGAUUCAUGAUUGUCGUCGGAACCAACGUGUCCCUUAUUAACAUCUUCUUCGUUGCUCUCUAUCAGCUGAUCACCAUUCGAAUCGACCCCUUCGGUGUACGCAACAUCAUCACCACUCCAAGAUGCUUUGUCGCCUUCUCCAGCCUAGUGACGCUGGAUCAUUUCAAAAUCCUGGAUAACAAGAUGUUGAAGAGAUCGGAAACGCUGGAGCAGUACUCAAGAUAG